UUUGGAUAAAAAUGAAGCAACUGAUAUUCUUUGCGAUUCUGAGUUAUUUUGUGGUGACUCAACAUGCCUUCGAACUUGAGCUACAAGACUUCAAAGAUCCAAUAGAACUGCCAAUAUAUCAAGAAGCUAUUAGAAAUAUGAAGCCAAACUUUACGAAUAUUGAACGAGAAAGAAGAAUCGUUGGCGGUGAAAUCUCUCAAUUUGGACAGUUUCCUUAUACAGUUGCGCUACAUAUGAGAUCUCGUCAAGGAAUGUUUGUGUGUGGAGGAGCUCUCAUUAAGUACAAUUGGGUUUUAACAGCAGCUCACUGCAUUGAGGGAUUCAAUAGCAUUCAAGUGAUUGUUGGCACCAUAAAUAGAAUUUCAGGACCAUCCGUAUUUAAUAUCACAGUAUCUCACUCACGAGAUCUUAUUCCACAUCCACAGUUCAAUCCAACAACAAUUUCAAAUGAUAUUGGACUUAUUCGAUUAAGAACAGCAACUCCAUCACUUCUUGAUCACACUUUUGUUGACGUAAUUUCACUUCCAACAAUUAUUGAUUCACAAAUUGAUUUAACAGGAAGAAUGUCAACUGUAAGUGGAUUUGGAGCAACAGGUUUUAGAAUGCCACCAUCAGAAGUCCUCAGAUUUAUAAAAGUUCCAGUCAUAUCCAAUCAGGAAUGCUCACAAGUUUUUGGAAAUGCAAUUUUGUCAUCAAAUUUGUGUGUUUCUACAAUUGGUGGAAGAUCUCCAUGUCCUGGAGACUCAGGAGGUCCACUGACAACACAAAUAGAUCUAAAUCGAACAGUUAUUAUUGGAGUUGUGAGUUUUGGAGCUGAAGAUUGUGGUAUUGAAGUUCCUGUAGCAUUUGCGAGAGUUACAAGUUUCCUUCCAUGGAUUGAGAGCGUCAUCGGAAGUGGAAAUAAUAUUUUGUUCGAGAAAUUUGUAGGAAUUUUAAUUGUGAUAAUUUUAUUUGUGAGGAAUUUGAUUUAAAAUAAAUUAUUUGAGUUAAGGCUCCAUUUCAUGCCAAGUCUAUGCUCC